UUCCACAGGGCUGGAGAUCUGCGAAAGGAGGAGAGAGAGAGAGAGAGAGAGAGAGAGAGAGAGAACGGAAAUGGGACCGUCGGUGGCGGGUAUCGGGCUGGACCUGAAUCUCUGCGCCAUGACAACCGUCGGCGGCUUCCUCGAGGAGGCGGUGACCGCGGUCGAGAGCGUAGACAGCAAGGUCGCGAAACUGGAGGAGUCCGUGAGAAGUCUGGAAGAGGAGAGGAGAAAGAUCGAGGCUUUCAAGCGCGAGCUCCCUCUCUGUAUGCUUCUCAUCACUGAUGUAAUAGAGGGGUUGAAGAAGGAGCUUGAGAGGUGCCGAGGCGAGAGAUUCGCUCGUGCCUGCGAAGCGCACAAUCCCAUUAACAGUAAGUGCGGUGAGGAGGGAGGGGUGAAGCUGGAAUCAGAGAGCAAGAACAAGACCAGCUGGAUGAGUUCCGCACAGCUGUGGACUACAGUGAAUAACAAUAAGGAUGAUUAUAGCAUCACAGAAGAGAGAAAUGCAAAAGCCGCUCGCCGUGAGGAGGAGAGCUUGUUCUCAGAAUCCAAAAGCCGGAGGCCGGUGGGCGCAUUCGUGCCGUUUAAAGGCAUGUCUCCGUUUGUGAUGAACUCUAAGGAGGAGGUGAAGCCGAGAGUGAUGUUGCCUGACCUCCCUCUGCAGUCACCUGCGGUCAGAAACGCCUUUUGCCCUAUUUCUGCCGCCGCGGAGGACCAUUCUCUCAGUCUCUCGGGUUCUCAGGGAGUUGGUGGAGCUGCGGCAUCGGCCCUGGCGAUGGCAGGCACCUGCCUUAGCUUGCAGGUGCAGCAGCAGCAGCCACCAAGAAAAGCAAGGCGUUGCUGGUCGACAGAGCUGCAUCGCCGGUUUGUCCUUGCUCUCGAACAACUCGGUGGUGCUCAAGUGGCUACUCCAAAACAAAUCAGGGAACUGAUGCAGGUGGAUGGCCUCACCAAUGAUGAAGUGAAGAGCCACCUGCAGAAAUAUCGGUUGCAUGCGCGAAAAAUGCCUAAUUCUUCACCUAUUGUUGAUCAACCAGUUGUGGUUUUAAGAGGACUGUGGGUUCCUCCAGAGAAUUACACUACUUCACCACAGCAGAGUGUUUCACUUUCUGGCUCUCCUCAAAGCCCUCUUCAGCUAGCUGGAUCUAAUCUAGCAGUAUCUGCUACUGCUGGAGAUAGCUGUGAAGAAGAUGGGAGGUCAGAGUGCUGUAACUGGACAUGGGGGGAAGUGUCUGCUGAACAUAUUUAGCAGGAGGUUUUAGAAUCAGAGAGUUACUAUGUGAAGAGAGGAUUUUAGGUGAACUAUGAAGAGUGACAUAUUACUCCCAUUGUAUAGAGAUAGAUAUUUCAGAGUUUUGAAGAACUUGCAGGAUCUGAUCAGAUUGGAGAAUGAUAUGAGAAAAAGGGAUCACUUGUGCUGAGUAGAGGAGUCUUAGAGUUCAUCCUAAAGUGUUUUUGGUAGCUCAUGAGUUUUCUUCCUUAAUUUUUGGACCCGGAAAAGCCGAGAGUUGGUUUUUGAUGUUUGAACAUCUCUUAUUAGUGCCACUUCCUCUUGAACGAAAACACAAAAGAGGUUCUGCUGGUUUUGCACAUGAUGUGUCUUAGAAUUUUUCAGCCAAAGUUUGGUUGUGUUCCAAUUUUUAUCGAUGUCACAGGAAAUAAUACUACGUUGGUGCUGA